AGAGAAAGCUUAAGAAAGAUAGCAAAAAAAAAAAAAAACAGUACAAAAUUACUAAAUAGUAAUAACGUAGUAGCACGUCGAAGUAACAAACACGGUUGAUGGAGUAAAAGAGUUAUCCAAAACCAAAAACGCACGAAAAAGGUGUAGGGAGGAGACGGGGGCAUUGGGUGGAGGUGGUGCGCACAUCCUCGGCAGCCCGAUGCUGUUCGUCCCGUUCACGGUGCCCACCUUCCCCGCGACGCAUCAUCAGACGACCCAUCCUGCGCAUCAGACGCAUCAUCAACAGCUGCAGGCCACUACCCAGAAUCCGGUGCAGCAGCCGCAACAACUCACGCAGCUCAAUCAGCUGAGCCACCUGAAUCACCAAGGCAUUGUACCGGCGACGACCAACCAGCCAACCAUACACAGCACCAGCUGUUCGCCGCAGCAACAAGCAACCACACCGAAUAAGAUACGUUCGAUAAAUAUCAGAAACGAAGCGUCUUGUGGCUGUGCCGCGGAUGGACGUGGUCACCUUUUAUAUGAUGGAAGAUCUGAACCUAGUAAAGGUGAGACACAUCAACGUGAAGAAUAUUGCGAGAAAGUUGAAGUAACAUUAAUGCCAAA